CACUCACAGAGGAGUCAGAUCAUAGAUGUGUAUCUAUGAGUCAGAUUCUAUAAUUCCAUAAUUAAUCGUUAUUUUUUCGAGCAACUAUGGCUGAACGUCUACGAACUUGCGAACUUUGUUCAAACAAAAUUGGACAAUUGCAUAUGUUACCAAAAGACCCACAAGUGAAAACGGAAUGGCUUAAAUUUAUUUUUGGAGCUGUGCCAGAGAAGCAUAGUUCAAAGUUAAGUGUGUGUACACUGCACUUCGACGAGAAUGACUAUACCAACUUUGGCCAGUUCCAUAGUGGAUUUGCGGCGAAGUUACAUUUGAAACCAGACGCAGUGCCAUCAUCCCGACUGUCUGGUUGUAGGCCUACUGUACCCACCUGCUUAGGAACACCCACGUUCAAGGAUGCGGCUUGUCAGACAGACCCACCCAGUCUGUCCACCAAGGGUACUCAGUUGUCAGCAAAGACUUUACGAGGUUAUCGUGUGAAAAGCAGAGAAAUUCAAACACCAUGCGCAGCUGCCACUGAAACGACUUGGGAAGCCCUGACCUCCACACCCAUCAAGUCACGGCCAGCCAAAAGACCACGCUUGGCUGUGGAGGAGGAUGACGAUGAACUGCUAGAUGAAGGGGAAGACUCCUCAUUAGUCGCUGAACCACAUGACUCCACAUAUGUGCCCGACCAAGACACAAUGUCAGACUUGGAGUCAUCGCAUAUUUCUGACACCAGCCACAGUCACACAGAUGUUAAGUACAUUGUGAGCGAGAAGUGCCUUUUGGAGAUCUUCGAAAAGUGCCCCCUUUGCAAAACAAAAAGCGAUGUCACACCGCACAGACGAGGCACCUUCUUGACUGUACAGCAAAAAUGUGGCCGGUGUGGGUACUACCGGGAAUGGAGCAGUCAGCCAGUGACAGGGACCUGUCCAACAACAAAUUUACAACUCUCUGCAGCCAUUUACUUCACCGGCACAUCAUUUUUCCAGCUGAACAAGGUAUUCAAAGCGUUGAACCUCAGGUCCAUUGGGUAUACAACUUUCAGAAGACAUGCACGGACAUACCUGGAGCCAGCUAUUAUUCACAAGUGGCAUCAAUUUCAGGAGGAACAGUGGAAGGAUCUCAGCCAACACAAAGUCAAACUUGGUGGCGAUAUGAGGGCAGACAGUCCAGGUCACAGUGCGAAGUAUGGCAGCUACUCGCUGAUGAACCUGGAGAACAACAACAUUAUUGAUGUGCAGCUUGUUCAGAGCAAUGAGGUUGGAGGUAGCUGCAAUAUGGAGAAGGAGGGUCUGAGAAGAAGCCUGGAGUUGCUUGACUCAAAGGGUGUGGCAGUGGACUACAUUGUAACUGACCGGCACCCUCAAAUACAGAAAUACCUGCGUGAUCGUGAUGUCCAGCAUUUCUAUGACGUCUGGCACUUUGAAAAAGGUCUAUCUAAGAAACUUGACAAGCUGUCCAAAGACAAAGAAUGCGAACUUCUAAAAAAGUGGCGGCGGAGCAUCGGGAACCAUGCUUACUGGGCAGCAACAUCCUCUUCCACAGGCCCUGAAAAACUGGCCAAAUGGACCUCCAUUUUAAACCACAUACAAAAUAGGCACACCCAUGAUGACCCCACCUUUCCCAAAUGUCUGCACCCUGCGCUGCCUCAAAAAAGAUCAAAAAAAUGGUUUAAGCCAGGCUCCAAAGCUCUCUGCAAGGUGGAGAAGCUACUUCUUAGCAAAAGGGUCCUGACAGAUGUGCAGAAGCUCAGCUCCGACUACCAAACGUCUACAUUGGAGGCAUUCCAUAGUGUGCUAUUAAGAUUCACACCGAAGAAUGUGGUCUUCCCAUUUAUUGGGAUGUUGUGCAGACUGUACCUGGCAGCACUGCACUUUAAUGAGAAUGCUCGUCGCUGCCAAGCUAAAACAUCAUCUGGCCGCCUGAAAUUUAAAAUGAGUUUCCCCAAGGCAAAAAAAGGAGCAGCAUCUGUGAAGCCAGUAAAAACGGCACCUACAUACAAUUACAUCUUCGAAUUGAUGGAGUUGCUUUUCAAGGAGGUCGUCCUCAACCCCCAGCCAUUCCAAGAUGAAAUGCGAGCAAUCAAUGUCCCCAGCUUCCUCUCAGCGCAGUAUGUACACCCCACCAUGGACGACGCUGUGGCAGCAUACAAGUCGCGUUUCAGAGUGGAGGCCUGAACCCAACAUAUUGCCCCGUCCCAUCAGGGAACUCUCGCCGGACACGCUGGACGACACAGGAGGGGAUCACUACUCGAACUGUCCGGCCCAGAUACCCCCAGCACCAGCUAACAAAAAACCGAUACGCCAGGAAUCUACAACGGCUGUAAAAGACAAGAAGAGGAAGAAGAGGGAAAAGGAUGCUGUUAAUGUAUAGGAAUUUCUUACUGUAUAUAUAUAUAUAUUAGUACACUGUUAGCAUUACUGUGUGUGUGUGUGUGUGUCUGUGUGUGCGCGCGUGGGUGGUUGCCUUUUAAGUCAUAAUACAGCAAAAUACAACAAAUUCUGUCUGAUUGAUCCUUAUUUCUUUAUAAAGUAUUAUUGGUAGAUGUAAGUGAAUGUGCUUAAUAU